AUGGUGAACGUGUACUCACCGACUCCGAUAGAUGGGUACAGCACCCCGACCUCCACUCUCCAGGCCUCCACGGAGAAUGUGAUCAAGUCUCACAUUCUGCCCGCGGGUGGCGCCCAGCCAGAGCUACAGAAGAGAUCCCACUUUGAAUUUCUUCUGCGCAACCUGCGGCAGGGAUUUCCGGAACGAUAUGUAUCUCAAGACGCCAGCCAGCCGUGGUUGAUCUACUGGACCCUGCACGGCUUCAGCAUACUCGGGGCAGGCCUUGAUGAUGUGACAAAGAAGCGAUCCAUAGAAACAUUGCUCGCCCUCCAGCAUCCUGAUGGCGGAUUUGCUGGCGGUCCCGGACAGGCUGCUCAUCUGCUCCCGACAUACGCCGCUGUCUGCUCAUUUGCGGUCGUUGGCCGUCCCAGUGAAGGAGGCGGCUGGGAAUCCAUCGAUAGGAAGAAGAUGUAUGAUUUCUUCAUGUCGUUGAAGCAGCCAGACGGCUCCUUCCUCGUCAGUCACCAUGGAGAGGUAGAUGUCAGGGGUAUAUACUGCCUGCUCGCCGUCGCAACACUCCUAAAUCUGCUCACACCCGAGCUUCUCGCCGGCGUCCCCGACUUCCUGGCCACAUGCCAAACUUAUGAGGGUGGUUUCGGCAACGCCUCCUUCCCCGGCUGGGCCUUCGAGGCUGGCCCCGCCAAGACGUAUGACCCGUCCGCACCCCGUCCCCCGCUCGGCGAAGCCCAUGGCGGCUACACGUUCUGUGCCACGGCGUCAUGGGUCCUCCUCCAAUCGUUUAUCGAUCUCUAUUAUGCUCCUGCCAGCCAAACAUCGACGGUGUCAUUGCCACAGAAGCCUCAAAUAGACACCCGUGCGCUCCCGCGGUGGUGCACGCAAAUGCAAGGGUUGCCUAUCGAGCUCGGCGGAUUUAAGGGCCGCACGAAUAAGCUCGUCGACGGCUGCUACAGCUGGUGGGUAGGCGGAUGCGUCGUCCUCGUGGAGGCGCUGCUCGGCGUCGGAGCGCACAGUGAACCGCCGACCGAGGCGAACAACAAUGAAGAUGAGGCGCAUAAGGCCUGGGAUGAUAUCGAUGACUCCCUAUUCGAUCGCAAGGCCCUUCAGGAGUACAUUCUAUUGGCCGGCCAACACCCUGCGGGCGGACUGCGCGACAAACCGCCCAAAGCUGCAGACGCCUACCACACCCUGUACUGCUCCGCCGGUCUCUCAGCGGCCCAACAUCGCGUCAUCCCUUCUGAACCACGGAAGAACGCGAUCAUCUCCGCCUGGGACGCCGCAAAGGCCCUUUCCAGGGACGGCACGGGCUUCCGCGCGACGUCGGAGGCAGAGCGUGAGAAGCUCGAUGCGCUGCGCAAGCAGACGUGCGCCCACGUCCUGUCGUGGGCCGAAGAGGAGGGUACCGAGCUCUACGUCGGCGGCGCUGCGAACCGUGUGAACGCGACGCACCCGCUGUUCAAUUUGACGACGACGCACUCGGACGCGAUGAUGGCCUAUUUCUACGGCCAGACUUUUCCCUCGCGGCACUUCGCGCCCGCCAAGAAGUGA